GCCAUGGCUCUUCGUGUAGCGGUGAUUGGGGCAGGAUGCUCAGGGCUGGCCUGUAUCAAGUGCUGCCUGGAUGAGGGGCUGGAGCCAGUGUGCUUUGAGAGCAGCAAUGAUAUUGGUGGCCUCUGGAGGUAUAAGGAGAAACCAGAGCCUGGUCGAGCCAGCAUCUACCAUUCAGUCAUCGUCAACAGCUCCAAAGAGAUGAUGGCCUACAGCGACUUCCCUCCCCCAGCAGACUUCCCCAACAACAUGCACCACUCCCAGGUCCUGCAGUACCUGCGCCUCUACGCAGAGCAGUUUGACCUUCUGCAGCACAUCCGCUUCCAGACUAGUGUGUACAGUGUGAAGGAGAGGCCUGACUUCUCUCAUUCAGGCCAGUGGGAGGUGGAGACUGAGAGCAGAGAGGGUGACAGAGAGAGGCACAUUUUUGAUGCUGUGAUGGUCUGCACAGGCCACUACACACAGCCCCACCUCCCAUUGAGGGACUUUCCAGGCAUAGACACCUUUACAGGGCGGUACUUCCACAGCUGGGAAUACCAGUGCACCCGGGGACUAGAGGGGAAGAGGAUUGUGGUUAUUGGGAUUGGGAACUCAGGAGGGGACAUUGCUGUGGAAAGCAGUAGAGUUGCAGAGCAGGUAUACCUCAGCACUCGACGGGGAGCUUGGGUGGUCGGUCGCCUUGGUGACAAUGGACUCCCCGGUGAUGUGAUGAACAGUACCCGUCUGUUUGUGCUACUGCAGCGGUACAUACCAUCUUGGGUCGACCGCAUUGUGGAGCAGAAAUUAAACCACCACUUUGACCACCGCCUGUACGGGCUACGACCAUCACAUGGGUUUUUCAAACAGAUCCCCGUAGUUAAUGAUGACCUACCUGGACGCAUCAUCUCAGGAAGGGUGGUGGUGAAGCCCAACGUGAGGGAGUUUCGUGGCUCCAGUGUGGUGUUUGAAGACGGAACAGUGGUGGAUAAGGUGGAUGUAGUCGUGUUUGCCACAGGCUACAAUUAUGACUUCCCCUUCCUGCCGUCCUCUUUGAAGGCAAGGGCUGGUUAUCGGCUGUCUCUUUACAAACAAGUCUUCCCUCCGAGUCUUGAGAGGCCCACUCUAGCCGUGGUUGGCUUCAUUCAUGCUCUGGGAGCCGUAAUCCCCCUGGCUGAGAUGCAAGCACGAUGGGCGACUAGAGUCUUUGCAGGUUUACAGAAACUGCCACCAGAGAAAAACAUGCUUCUGGAUAUCGAGAGAGAAACAAAGGAAAUGCAUCAAAGGUUUGCCUGCUCAGAGCGUAACCCUCUCCAGGUGGAUUUUAUCGCUUACAUGGAUGACCUGGCACGGCAGUUCGGAGCAUGGCCCAACUUCCUGGGUCUGCUGCUGCGGGACCCUCGCCUAGGUCUAAAUGUGCUGCUGGGCCCCUGCACCCCAUACCAGUACCGACUGUGCGGGCCGGGAAAGUGGGCGGGGGCUCGUCAGGCCAUCCUCACACAGUGGGAGCGGGUCACACGCCCAUUUAAGACAAGAGUCGUGCCUGAGCCUCGCCCUUCCUCCCUGCCUCUGUAUUUUACUGCAUGUAGCGCCACCCUGCUGUUAGCUGUCCUCUACUCGAUGAACAAAAUCCCUGCUGUCCUGCAAAAUCCUGCAGGCCUCUUGAACAGACUGUGGUGUUUGACAGGCACAACGUGGGGAGAAUCAGUCCCUGCCUAACCCUGAGCAGAUGACCAACGGUUGACAUGC